AUGGAGCCCUUCCAAGUGCGCCUCAAUUGCGUGGAUCACUAUCAAGCAACCCCAUCAGAAUUUGACCCCCCUCUCCCCUACAGGGAUGGUGCAGUUGGGAAAUAUGACAAGUCUAAGGUACCUGUGAUCAGAAUAUUUGGCGCGACAGAAACCGGCCAAAAGGUCUGCGUUCAUGUACAUGGUGCAUUCCCUUAUCUAUACAUCGAAUACGACGGACCUUUGAACGCAGAGCAGGACCAUGCACUGGCGCUGAACUAUCGUCGCAAUGCAUACGACAAGAAGACAGCGUUUGUUGCUCAUAUUACCCUGGUCAAAGGAGUUCCCUUCUACGGCUAUCAUGUGGGGUAUCGCUUCUUUUUCAAGAUCUAUCUUUUGAACCCCGUGUAUGUGACCAGGCUAGCGGACCUCCUGCUACAGGGCGCUGUGUUGAAGCGCCCUUUCCAGCCAUAUGAAAGCCACCUGCAGUAUGUCCCGCAGUGGAUGUGCGACUAUAACUUGUAUGGCUGCGCGUAUAUGAAAUGUAGCAAAGCCAAGUUUCGAUCUCGCAUCCCAGAACUUUUUGAAUUAACGGAUCUUUCUUAUCGGUGGCAUGAUCGCUCUAUUCCACCCGACUGCAUUUCCGAUGCAGCGGUUCUACCAAAGCAGAGCCACUGUUCCUUAGAAGUGGAUGUCUGCGUACAGGACAUUCUGAACCGAGUCGACAUUAAAGAAAGACCACUUCAUCAAGACUUCACUGAGAUGCUGAAGCCAGUCACGCAAAACGAACGACUGGUUCCGAGUAUGGCGGGUCUAUGGCAAGACGAGACUCGCAGGCGCAAGAGGCGGAUGGGAUUAGAUGAUUUCGGCAGUAGCCCGUUUGGUCCUGAGGAAUUGAUGUCGUUGUCAGCGGAGCCCAGAAGCAAUUCCGAGGGUGGAUGGAUCCAUGAAGAAGAAUUCCGUCAGUUGGCAUCGCAGAUUGUUGCUGAAGAGCGCAAAGACAGCGAUGGGGAUAUGACCCCGGAUAAGUUUUUGAAGGACAAUCCUUUUGAGAAGACAGUAAAAACGGCAUUGGAAAGUGUUGAAGAUUUCUUUCCAGACAAGAUUGAGCACACUCAGAUGGAAAUGCGACAGUCUCUGAUUGCAAAUGGUGAAGACGAAGAAGCGGAGGUCAACGAGAAUGCAGUCUUGUCUGCCGAGACAGACAUGAGCCUAGAGGGCUCGGCUGAUUACUAUUUUUCCGAUCUCUUCUCGGAGGAAAUUGAAGCUGAAGAAGCUGGUGACGAGGUUGAUCAGUGUUCAGAGGAUGGCUUCAGCAAUAUGAUAUUUCCAGGCUUCCCACUCGGGUCUCCUGCCAAUCCAUCAGAUGGUCAAUUCAAUGAUGAGGCGAUCGGCGAGGAAACCGAAAUAUUCAAGAGAAGACUUAAACGCUCUCAGUCUGAAUCCGGGGAGAUUGCUGGUGAAGCCCCAUACAAAAGACUACGAUUUCUUGAGAACAAUGCGUCCCGUUCAUCAGACAGGCACCUGUCAAUGCAGGUUGCGGAUUUACGCGUCGCUAAUGACGACCCCGCGCCAGUCAAGAAAGUGCUCCCCCAAGCGACGCCGCCAUCCUCACAGCAGAAUGUUCGGACGAGGAUAAACGGGGAAGAUGGUAAACUCAACUUUCCUGUUGUCAAAGACCCCAAUGAUCCCAUGACAAUCGUGCGCUUCAGUCAAGAUGGCGUCUGUUCUUCCAAGGGGAUGCAGGAACUCGACUCUCUGGCUACUUCUGAAUCCCAUGGGAGUGCUCCGAAAAUGACCAGUGAAAGCGACCCUUCCUCCCAGCUACCAUCCUCCUCCUCUGGAACCGAGUCAACUUCGUCAAGCACUCAUGUUUCUGAACUGAUACCCAAAUUGUACGAUGCGUUCAGCAUUUCUGACCAAACAAAGGUGUGCUGCUGGCGGUAUCUACCCCCUAGCGCGAGCGAAGUUUCUUCAACGCUUGCAGAGUAUGGAUAUCCCUAUGUUGUCUAUACAAAGGCACAUUAUAGCAAUGAUCGGGAUGUACCUGAUCGAGCACGAGACUACGCUGGUCGUACAUUUCGGCUAGAGGGUAACAGCAUACAUUAUCUGCCCCAAUUCGAUCCAUCGGGGCGGUCUCCUGCGAUGUAUGGUGAGCAAGCUUCAGUAUUCAAGGAUCGGUACCAACAAGAGCAAAUUGAUCAACAACUACGAGAGUCUUCCACAAGCAGAGUAUGGGAGUUUGCUCCUGUACCUCCCAGCCGUGCCGAAGUCAUGGAAUGGUUCGAGAAAGAACAAUCUCAACAGAAGACUCAAACUAUUUCCAGUAAAGAACAAGCCUCUGAGCCAUUGUCGAAACCCAAUGCUCUCUCUCAGAUCGAGGGACCAACCCAAAAGAAUGACUAUGGCUUCAAAUACUCUCAGAAAGGGAAGUCCACCAGCGUCGAGCAUCACACUCAGUAUAUGAGCUCCAUGAGCUUAGAAGUACAUGUGAAUACACGAGGGGUACUUCUGCCUAAUCCAGAAGAGGAUGAGAUAUCAUGCAUCUUCUGGUGCAUCCAAUCGGAUGGCGAGGAUAUCGAUCCCAAUGGUAUCCUUCCUGGUGUGCACGUUGGAAUGAUCGCUCAAGGAAAUGAUCAUGAACCAAAUAUUUCAAAGGCUCUACGUAUCGAGCUCGACUAUGAGCCCACAGAACUUGAUUUAAUCAAUCGAUUGGUAGAUAUCGUCAGAUACCACGAUCCUGACAUUAUCACAGGCUAUGAGGUUCAUAACAGCUCUUGGGGCUAUCUGAUUGAGAGAGCUAGAAAGAAAUACGACUUCGACCUUUGUGACGAAUUAUCACGGGUGAAAUCACAAGCACAUGGGCGAUUUGGGAAAGAGGCCGACAGAUGGGGCUUCAAUCACACAUCAUCGAUUCGAGUGACAGGUCGACACAUGAUCAACAUUUGGCGAUCGAUGAGAGGCGAGCUGAACUUGCUACAGUACACCAUGGAAAAUGUAGUAUAUCAUCUACUGCAUCGCAGGAUCCCGCACUAUUCGUUCCGGGAUCUCACAGCGUGGUAUGAGAGUGGAAAACCUCGGAACCUGCUGAAGGUCGUGGAAUACUUUGUUUCACGCAUACAAAUGAAUCUUGAGAUACUCGACUCAAACGAGUUGAUCCCGAGAACCAGCGAACAGGCCAGGCUUCUCGGCAUUGACUUCUUCUCCGUCUUUUCGAGAGGUUCCCAGUUUAAAGUGGAGUCUCUCAUGUUUCGAAUCGCAAAGCCGGAGAACUUUUUACUCGUUUCUCCGAGCAGGAAGCAAGUCGGCCAGCAAAAUGCCCUUGAAUGUCUUCCUUUGGUUAUGGAACCCCAGAGCGACUUCUACACAAGCCCUCUGCUUGUCUUGGAUUUCCAAUCGCUAUAUCCUAGCAUAAUGAUUGCAUAUAACUACUGCUAUUCUACAUUUCUCGGAAGGGCACGUCAGUGGAGAGGCCGGAACAAGAUGGGUUUCAUGGACUACAAGAGACAGCCGCGAGUAUUGGAGUUGCUGAAGGACAAGAUCAACAUUGCACCGAACGGUAUGAUGUAUGUGAAGCAGGAAGUACGGCAAUCGCUUCUCGCGAGGAUGCUUGCUGAAAUAUUGGAGACUCGAGUGAUGGUGAAGACCGGCAUGAAGAUGGACAAGGACGACAAGGUACUGCAACGACUACUCAACAACCGACAGCUUGCUCUCAAACUGAUUGCUAAUGUCACAUACGGGUACACAUCUGCCUCUUUCUCCGGACGGAUGCCUUGCUCGGAGAUCGCGGACAGUAUUGUCCAAUCGGGUCGAGAAACGCUGGAAAAGGCGAUUGCUCUCAUCCACUCUGUAGAAAGAUGGGGCGCGGAGGUAGUCUAUGGAGACACAGACAGCCUCUUCGUGUAUCUGAAGGGGCGAACACGCGACGAAGCCUUCAAUAUCGGGGAGGAGAUUGCCAAGACUGUCACGGACAUGAACCCACAUCCCGUGAAACUCAAAUUUGAAAAGGUUUACCAUCCAUGCGUGCUCCUAGCGAAGAAGCGGUAUGUUGGCUUCAAAUACGAGCACAGAGAUCAGAAGGAGCCCGAAUUUGACGCAAAGGGCAUUGAAACGGUAAGACGGGAUGGCACACCCGCCGAACAGAAGAUCGAAGAGAAGGCACUCAAGCUACUUUUCAGAACUGCAGAUUUGAGCCAGGUCAAACAGUAUUUUCAGAAGCAAUGUGCCAAGAUCCUACAAGGAAGAGUGUCGAUCCAGGACUUCUGCUUCGCUAAAGAAGUGCGACUCGGCACCUACAGUGAAAGAGGGCUGCUCCCUCCAGGUGCUAUGAUAAGCACGAAGAAGAUGGUUGAGGAUCCCCGCUCCGAGCCACAAUACGGAGAACGCGUUCCCUACGUAGUGGUAACCGGAGCGCCAGGGUCACGGUUAGUCGACCGCUGCGUCGCACCCGAGGCACUCCUUCACGACGCCCAGCUGGAACUGGACGCUGAGUAUUACAUCACAAAAAACCUCAUCCCUCCACUCGAGAGAAUCUUCAACCUGGUUGGCGCAAAUGUCCGCCAAUGGUACGAGGAAAUGCCCAAAUUUCAACGCAUCCGCCGCGUGGAAGGCGCAACCACGUCUGCAGGGAAGGACGCCCGGAAAACACUGGAAUCCUAUAUGAAAUCCUCCUCGUGCAUCGUCUGCAAAUCCAAGCUCGACGAUACCGGCGUCCCAGUCUGCUCUGACUGUUUACUGCAACCGCAUAUCUCACUCUUGUCUCUGGUCUCACGCCAGCAGCAGGCGGAGAAGAAAAACUCCGACCUGCACCGUGUAUGUCGGUCCUGCAUGGGGAUUCCACCCGGCGACGAGGUGACAUGCAAUAGUAAAGACUGCCCUGUCUUUUACUCGCGGACCCGCCAUCUGGCUAAUUGGAAACAUACUAGGGCAUGCCUGGAGCCCAUUAUCAACCUCUUGCAGGACCAGAGCCAGAGUGCUUUGGAAUGGUAA